AUGCCUAGCUCCAGCUCCAACUCCAACUCCAGCUCGACCAAGAAGACAGCGGGUGCAGCCGAGUCGAAUCCUGCCUCUACGUCUAACCCUUCGAACGGUGCUCAGCAGGCGCUUCCCCUCCCCAGCGGCCUCAGCAGCGGCGAGUCCGGCAAAGGCAACCUCAACCCCACCACCACGGAGACCACGACGAACGUCCCGGCCUCGUCUGCGUCUGCACCUUUGCCCAGCCGCACCAGCUCCAACUCGUCGACCUCGUCGACCUCACGCUCACGCCCGCCACUGGUCGAAGGCACGCCGGUGCUGAAAAGGAGCGGUGCGACGACCGUCGUAGGCAUCGUUGUCGGCCUGGCCGCGAUCGCGCUCGUGUCGAUGCCGGCCUCUGCUCUGUCCCUGUCUCUGUCACGCCAGUCCAGUCUCGGCCUCGGCACCCUCGCCAUACCCUUGCUUCUCUCCAACUUCAAGAUGUUUGGCCGCGUGCGCUACUAUACCCGUCUCACCUUUUUUCUCCUUGGUACGUAGGAGGACGCGGCGAGGUGGGGGGCCAACGGAGGCGCGGAGGAAUGGCCCACCCCGUAAGUUUAUAUACAGCACGCGGCAGCUCACCCCGCCCACUCUACCACGCACAGGUCUCGCAACAUGUUCGGCAUGGGGCGUCGUCGUCUCGGUCGUCAUGGCCCUGAUCGGGAGAGCCUCGGACGUCAACUACGUCGUGGCGAGGUCGUUCCAUGCGCUCGUCGCCCCUCUGGUCGGCGUCAAGUUCACCGUCGAAGGCGAGGAACAUCUCAAGCAGACCAAACCCGCCGUCGUCAUCGGUAACCACCAGACCAUGAUCGACAUCCUAUGUCCGUGCGAAUCAAAUUUCAAUCGCGUAUCUUUGAAGACCCAUACUAAUGUCGGGCUUGUUCCCACGCUGCGCAGACCUCGGCAGGAUCUUCCCGAAAGGCACCUCCAUCAUGGCCAAGAAGGAACUCAAAUGGACGCCCUUGCUAGGCCAAUUCAUGACGCUCUCCAACGCCGUCUUUGUCAAUCGAUCCAAGCGCACCGAUGCCGUCGCGAUGUUGGCCAAGGUCGCUCAAACGAUGAAGGAGAAAGUGGUGAGUCUGAACAAGAAACGAGUUCUUUACCGAAUUCGCAUUGAAAUCACCGCACCGCACCCCACAGCUCUCCCUCUUCAUCUUUGUCGAAGGCACCCGAUCGGCCUCCCCCGUGCCUUCGAUGCUGCCGUUCAAAAAGGGACCGUUCCACCUCGCCGUCGCGGCGCAAUUGCCGAUCGUCCCCGUCGUGUGCGAGAAUUACGCCGCCGUCUACUCCGCCAGGCGGAAGCGGUUCGAUGGUGGCGAGCUGGUUAUUCGAGGUCAAUUGCCGAAUCAGAGAAGAUUAAUAGGAAACACACAAGACUGACACCUCUGGGAAUCGUUCUUUUCUUUCGCAGUCCUCCCCCCCAUCUCAACAGAAGGUAUCACCUCUUCCUCGGAGGAUAUCAACGCCCUCGUCGAGAAGACCCGGAACGCGAUGUUGGAAGCGAUCGAGGAUUUAGGGAGGAGGAGGGCCGAGUUGAAUCGGUUGAAGGGGGUGUUUGGAAAGAAUGAGACGGGGAGGAUUACCAUUUCAUGA